AUGACUGCCAAUGAUACUCGAAAAGAAGCUUUUGAUACUUUAAAAAAAGAACGUGGAAGGGCUAAUGAUAAUGGACCACUUUGGCAAGAAUGUAGUUUACAUUUAGUUUCUCAAUACAACCUUAAUUAUACGACUCAACAAUGCUUUACCAAAUUCAAAAACUUGUCACAAAAAUAUAAG